GGCUCUUGUUCGAGACAGAUGGGGUCAGUCCCCUCUGUACGCUUUGGCCGAUACGCCUAAUGCAUUCCAGAGUGGAGAUGGGCUCGUGUUUUGGAAACGAUGGAUCUACAAAUACUGUAUAUACAUUCAACCGGCUCGAGCCACUGAGGAAAUUCGUUUGAACAUUCAAGACAUAGGAAAAAGUAGAAGCAAUCAAAUAAAAAUCAUCGAAUCAGUGCUAACUCUAUUGCAGCAGCUAGUUUCGAAUCUCCUUAACUUCUUUGGAAUCAAGGAUUUAUAUGAAAUGAAGUUACUCCACGUGCAAUCCCAAGAACUUCUCAAUUGCAUGUGCAAAGAAGUAUCAAGUUUGAAUGAUGGCCAAAUGAUGAAAGCUCAAGUUCGACUUGCCAUCUUCCGUUCUAUCGAGGAAGGAAAUUUUGAUUUUAUUUUUGGUAUGGUCAAAGCAAAACCAAUUCUUAAGUGGAGCCGUGGUGUAGACGAGACAUCCAUAUUUUCAUUUGCUGUCCUACAUCGUCAACCAAAGAUCUUUAGCCUUAUAUACGGGCUUCCUAUCAAGAAAAGUAUGACAACUUGGGUCGAUAACAAAGGCAAUACCAUGUUACAUAUGGCAGGAAUGACAGGAGCUUCAAUUCAAAUUAAUCAAAUCCCAGGGGCGGCUUUGCAGAUGCAAAGAGAACUACAGUGGUUUAAGGAGGUGGAAAGUAUUUCUGUUCCCAGGUGUAAGGAAUAUUCGAACACUGAUGGUUUGACUCCUAGGGAAUUGUUUACAAAGAACCACAUAGACUUGAAGAAAGAAGGAGAAAAAUGGAUGAAGGGCACAGCAAGUUCUUGUACAGUAGUAGGGGCUCUCAUUAUUACUAUUAUGUUUGCUGCAGCCUUUACUGUUCCAGGUGGUAACAAACAAGAUACUGGAUUCCCUAUAUUCUUAGAUGAAAGAUUGUUCAUGCUCUUUAUAAUAUCCGAUGCCUUGUCGCUCUUUUCCUCCACAACUUCUGUCAUGAUGUUUUUGGGAAUCCUAACAUCACGCUAUGCAGAAGACGAUUUCCUUGAAUCCUUGCCAAGAAAGAUGAUCAUAGGACUUUCCACUCUUUUCUUUUCCAUUGCAGCCAUGAUGAUAGCCUUUUCUACUGCUCUUUUCAUUAUGCUACAGGAACAAUAUUCAUGGAUAAUCAUUCCUGUCAUUUGUUUGGCUAUUGUACCUGUCACCUUAUUCGUAUUGAUGCAAUUUCCCCUUCUUGUUGACAUGUUCAUGUCAACUUACGGCCCAGGCAUCUUUGAUAAGAAAAUGAAGAGAUGGGUAUAACUUUAUUCAUUUUGCUGUAUAAUGUAAAUGUUUUCCACUAAGAAUUGGCAUAUUAGCCAAAGCUAAUGAUUUUCUUUUUCUUGGACGGAUGACUGAUAAAUCUUCAGUUGGUUUACUUUGCCUAUUUUGUGAUUCAUCC